AUGAUAACAAAUAUAGAACUGACAACCAAAGUAUGUAAAAACCUGAGGUCAGCUAUAAAUGAUGAUAUAACUGUGGACAAACUCGUAGAGAGCGAAGUAAGCAAAGGAUUUCUGUGUGGACCAUACAAACAACUGCCUUUUCACUCUUGUAGAGUCAGUCCCAUCGGUGUCUCCUAUGGAAAGUAUUCAGGGAAACCAAGGCUCAUAGUAGACCUUUCGUCACCACAUCAGGAUGAACAACACCCUAGUGUCAACGACUUAAUUAGCAAAGAAGAAUGUUCCUUAUCAUAUGUCCGUAUUGAUGACGCAAUCAAUCUUAUCCAACAACUCGGUAAUGAUACUACAAUGUGCAAAACAGAUAUAUCGGACGCAUUUAAGUUAAUGCCUAUACAUCCAUCACAGUGGCACUUGUACUGUAUAGGUUGGAAGGGCAGCUUCUACUAUUAUACUAAGCUAGCUUUUGGGUGCCGGUCCAGCCCCAAGAUUUUUGACAAUCUUUCAACAGCCAUAUGCUGGAUUGCUAGAAACAAUUAUGGCAUUGACCAUAUUUUACAUCUAUUGGAUGAUUUUAUCACAUUUGAAGAACCAGGAAAAUGUGGUGACAGAAAUAUGUCUAUGUUGUAUGUCAUCUUCAAUGGCCUAAAUAUACCGAUGGCUCUACAUAAGACUUGCGGACCAAACACAGUGAUAGAAUACCUAGGUAUCAUUCUGGACUCUCAUAAAAUGGAAGCUAGACUGCCGAUAGACAAACUUCAGCGAGAUACAGAGAUAAUCCGAUCAUUUCAAAACCGUCAGUCGUGUACAAAGAGAGAACUUCUUCAACUAUUAGGUCAUUUAAAUUUUGCCAGUAAAGUUAUUAUCCCAGGACGCAGUUUCGUAUCACACAUCAUUAAGUUAUCGACUACUGUGAAAGCCCUACACCACCAUGUCAAACUGAAUAGCGAAUGUAGGGAGGACAUUAGAAUGUGGUUAACUUUUCUGCAAUACUGGAACGGAGUAGGCAUUUUUUAUGAUCUACAGAUAACUACAACAGAGGACAUCAAGUUGUACACAGAUGCGUCUGGAACCAGAGGGUUCGGGGGCUACCUACAGGGACAGUGGUUCUCUCAGGCAUGGCCACCAAAUAUACAGGAUUAUGUCCAUAGCACGGACGAGAUAUCCAUAGCUUUCAAGGAGUUGUACCCCAUAGUCGUGGCAGCCAUGAUAUGGGGACACGGAUGGAAAGGCUUGCGAAUCAUGUUUAUGUGUGAUAAUAUCGCGACUGCAAUGUUGCCAUUUUACAUAAAGGCCGCUCGAAAUCGGCGCAUAUCAUGCCACUCAUGA